AUGGACAGAGAGGCGUACCGCAACUGCUGCAGCCUGGUCAAAAUACCAAGUCAGUCCUACGAACUGUUCUGGUCAUCGCAUUUUGUAGACUACAUCGACAAGGACCUGAGCUAUUCCAAAUUUUUCAAGAAAUACCUGCUAGCGAAUCACCCAUGCAUGUUCUCGAGAAAGUUCACAGAAGGCUGGAAGUGCAGAAAACAGUGGGUGACUGAGGAGGGUAAACCUAAUUUCCAAAAGCUGCUACAAGAGUUUGAUGAAACUCCUGUCCCUGUUGCAAACUGCAAUGCAAAGGAAUACAACGCCAACCCCAAACAAGUAAUGCCUUUUAAAGAAUUUAUACAUUACUGGAAGGAAUACAUUCAGAAUGGACACUCCUCACCCAAAGGAUGUCUCUAUCUGAAAGACUGGCAUAUGUCAAGGGACUUUCCUGAACAUAAUGUUUACACAACACCAGUCUUCUUCUCUUCUGACUGGCUUAAUGAAUAUUGGGAUACACUGGAGGUGGAUGACUACCGUUUUGUCUACAUGGGACCUAAAGGCUCAUGGACUCCGUUCCACGCUGAUGUGUUCCGCUCCUACAGCUGGUCCGCAAACAUUUGUGGUAGGAAGAAGUGGCUGCUUUAUCCUCCUGGUCAAGAGGAUUUUUUACGAGACACUCAUGGCAACCUCCCUUAUGAUGUCACAUCAGCUGAGCUUCAGGAUGGAAACCUUUUCCCACAGUUUGAAGAAGCAUGCCAGCCUCUUGAAAUUAUCCAAGAGGCAGGUGAAAUAAUUUUUGUGCCGAGUGGCUGGCACCAUCAAGUUUAUAAUCUGGAGGACACCAUUUCUAUUAAUCAUAAUUGGCUGAAUGGCUGCAACAUUGACAUCAUGUGGCAAUUCCUACAGAACGAGCUGUCCUCUGUUCAAAAGGAGAUAGAUGAAUGGAAAAACACAAUGGAUUCAUGGCAUCAGCACUGCCAGGUGAUCAUGAAAGCUUGCUCUGGUAUCGAUUAUGGGGAAUUUGCCUCCUUCCUAAAAAUAAUUGCCGAAAAUCGGAUGGCUUUUUUGAACGCAUGCUCCUCUGGCGAGUCCUCCGAUUACUCACGACACCUCUCAGAAACUUUCACCACACUCGGACCUUACCAUGCAGCCUUUGACCUCCAGCGAGUGGCUUAUAUUAUUGAAUGCCUUUUGUGUAAUGAAGAUUUCAAGCGGCUCGAUCGUUCAACGUUGACUCUGCAGCCAGAAGCCAUGGUGCAGCAAAUCCGAGAUACCAUACAGUCCACAAGAGGGCGGCAUCUCCUUUACCAGGAAUAAAUGGUCCAUUUCAACGGCUUGGAAUAGCUUGAAUGAAAAGUGCCCAUUUGUUUAGUUUGGAAAAGAUUGUGAUAAAAGCUUGAAUGGCUGCAUUGCUUUUGAAUGUCUAGUUUGUUUUUGCUAUGAAACAAACUCAUGCAUAAAUAAAAAAUAUUUAUAACCUGA